UAGUGCCUUUAUGACUAGAAAAACUAACGGCUUUGGCGAAUUAUUGUCUUACCAGGGUAACCUAUAUAGAUGCUCCAUUUUGUCGAACGUCAACAGAAAUUCUAUAUGGUCAGUUGACAAGGUUCAUUUGAGCGACGGGAUCUGAGGAAGAAGAAGAUGAUGAUGGAAUACGUGAACGAUAAAUUCGCAUUGAAAAGUCACGCGAUUAAGGGCAGCGACUAUUACAUGGGCUCUGGCAGCGGGCUGGACCAAGUUAUGGAGAGUUUGGACAGUGUACAGUACUACAGCAAAACCUCGCCCAAGUGUGUGCAGGCUUUCGGGCUACAGACCACCGAGCACAACACGCGAAUGGAGCGGUCCACGCCGUGUGGAGAACAAAACGCGAAUUAUGGUGUCCCCAAAACUGAAGAAGAUACCUUGCACGUGGACCUCGGGAGGUCGACAGACAACUGUUGCAAUCUGAGGGACUCGCCGGUAAUGGCCGGUCAGGAGAAAACGGAUUUGUACGAAAUCAGUGACAAGUGUGACAGUAACGUAUCAAGCAGUAAGAAGCGGCGGCACAGGACGACGUUCACGAGCGCACAGCUGGAGGAGUUGGAGAAGGUGUUUCAGAAAACUCAUUACCCAGAUGUUUAUGUGAGAGAACAGCUGGCGAUGAGAACGGAGCUAACUGAGGCCAGAGUGCAGGUGUGGUUUCAAAACAGAAGAGCCAAGUGGAGAAAAAGAGAACGUUAUGGGCAGAUUCAACAGGCAAAAAGUCAUUUUGCAGCUACAUAUGACAUAUCAGUGUUGCCAAGGACGGAUAGCUACUCACAAAUCCCCAACAACCUGUGGCCCAGCCCUGCUCCCAAUGGCUCAAUGGUGUCCUCCUGCAUGCUCCCCCGUGGAUCCCCUCCCUGUGUAACCUCCUACUCCCACUCCCCCCGCUCCGCAGCCGACCACGGGUAUGUGGGCUUCCCCAACCAGCAGAACCAGUUUGGACACGUCUCCAUCAACAACUUUUUCACGGCUGACUCCCUCCUCACACCCUCACCCAACGGACACCCGUUCGAGGCCAAGCCUGAGUUUGAGAGACGCUCAUCCAGCAUCGCCGUGCUGCGGAUGAAGGCCAAGGAACAUGCGGCUAACAUAUCCUGGGCCAUUUGAUUGGGAUUGUGAACGUUCUGUCCUCCCAACCGACUGACUCACAGCCACUCUAACUUUAACAUUAAUACUACGCACGAUAAUUAUAUCCCCAAUGUUGAAUGACUGACAGAGAACUGACUGUGACACCGGAUGAUGGAAAAGGACUUCCUUAAAUUUGAAUGAUGUAGGCCUAGAUGCUGAUCGCUGACUAGCCAUCUGCUGGAGAGACAUGCUCCAACAAACUGUGACCCUUUUGGUCAAAGGUUAGAAGACAGAGAUGAUGAACUGCUUCAAGGUUACUGAAGGUCACCUCAUCAAGGUUGAGCUGUGAGUGCAUAUCAGUUUAAUCCACACAGGCGACACUUACUUUCAGGUUAACAACCGAUGUGAAAGAGUAAUGGAAACACUCCCCUAAGUGGGCCCCCUUUGCCCAUAUUAUUAUUCAUAAUGAGGCACAAUGUGUUGCUGAAAACGAAGUUGUCUAUGGCUUUUACACUCAACUUCAGUUUGUCCUACACUGUAGGACUUACAGUACAAGUGUUGAGGUGUGUAUAUUGUCAUUCCCUGUGCUUUCUAAUUCCAUUGCCCCAUGCAGCUCUGGACAUACAGAGGACCUGAACAGAAAUGAAAUGGACUGACACACUGAUAUGUCUGUGUGCUUUGCAGCAAAGCUAUUUAACCCCCAUUAGCUCUGUCUGUGUUGUUUGGCACCAGCACAGGAAGCAGUUGGUAUUUUUGUAAAAAGGUAAUAAAAACAUAUGUUGUGACAUCA